AUGACGGCCGACCAGCCGCCACUCCCGCACAGCCCGCCCCCGCCGGAGCCGGAUGACGCCGACGCCGACGAUGACGAGGCGCGGGUGUGGUCCCAGAUAAAGGCCGAGGCGCGCCGCGAUGCCGACGGCGAGCCAGCGCUGGCGUCGUUCCUCUACGCCACCGUGCUGUCCCACCCCACCCUCGGCCGCUCCCUCGCCUUCCACCUCGCCAACAAGCUCCGCUCCUCCGCGCUGCUCUCCUCCACGGCGCUCUACGACCUCUUCGUCGGCACCCUCGCCGCGCGCCCCGAGCUCCGCGCGGCCGCCGCCGCCGACCUCCUCGCCGCCGGCGCCCGUGACCCGGCCUGCGCGGGCCGUCUCUCCCACUGCCUCCUCAACUACAAGGGCUUCCUCGCCGUCCAGGCCCACCGCGUCGCGCACGCGCUCUGGUCGCAGCAGCGCCGCCGCGCCCUCGCCCUCGCGCUCCAGUCCCGCGUCGCGGAGGUCUUCGCCGUCGACAUCCACCCGGCGGCCGCCGUCGGGAAGGGCGUCCUCCUCGACCACGCCACGGGGGUCGUCAUCGGCGAGACCGCCGUCGUCGGCGACGGCGUCUCCAUCCUCCACCACGUCACGCUGGGCGGCACCGGCAAGGCCGUCGGCGACAGGCACCCCAAGAUCGGCGACGGCGUCCUCAUCGGCGCCGGCGCGACGAUCCUCGGCAACGUCAGGAUCGGCGCCGGAGCCAAGAUCGGAGCCGGGUCGCUGGUGCUCGUCGACGUGCCGCCGGGAGCCACGGCGGUGGGGAAUCCGGCGAGGCUGCUGCUCGCCGGAGACAAGCGCGAUGGCAUGCCGGGCGGUGAAUCCAUGGACCAUGCCUCCUUCAUGCAGCAUUGGUCAGACUACACCAUUUGAGCAGCACACAGUUCACAGAGAAUCUGCCGCACCUACAGGCACAAGUAGAAGCAUUCAAGUCCAGUGCUAGCAACUGGAGUAGCAGCACUGCAGCAAACUAGCAAUGCGCCAAUGCGGAUAUGUUUUUGCAUGUAAAUGUUAAGGUUGUGUACGCACAUAAAUAUUUGCAAAAGUUUAAUUACUAGUUUAGUGGCUGUAGUGGCCUGAGAAGUUUAUUUGGUCUUGAGUUUAAAUUUUCAUGGGAGUGAACUUCAGAUUAGAUUG